CAUACUUUGCAAUCUUCUUUUUAAUCACAUUUUUCUAUUAGAAAAAAUUGCUUCUGUGAUGGCCUCUUGCUUGGAGCCAUUGUUGCAGUUUAACAACACUGCACUUUGCUUAUUUGUGGGGGGAUUAAUAAGGAUUAAUCGCUAAUGAAUUGGGGGGGAUUAAUAAGUCACAUUAAUGUGACUUUGAAAAUCCAGCAACUGGAAACACUGAAAUAAAAAUGCUUUGAGUGAUUUUGUGUCACAGAAGUUGUGAAAUGAAGAAGUAAUUAUCUGUGGAACUCCAAAGAGGUGCGUCUCUGUCCUCAGAAGUGUGAAGUGUGUAUUAUGUGGUCUGGGGGACUGUAGAACAGGCAGAGGAUAGCAAAGCAUAAUUGUUUUGAGAGACAGGAGUUUGAUAGUUCAUUUCAAAAUGGAGAUAAAGAAACUUGGGCUUGUCAUUGCACUACAAGUGGUCAUCACUUUCAGUUUCAUAAAUAAAUAUUCUGCUUUGACUUGCAUAACAUGUCUGGACUCUUAUUUCCUUUCUGGGCCUUUCCUUUUGUUUUCCAGCAAUGUGGAUGUUUUGGUUUAUGGAAGGCCUUCACUAUAGUACUAGGCUGGUGGUGAUUCAGCAUCUGAGUUAGCCCAGGUUGAGAGUGAUCAGCUGCAAAAGCAGAACAAGUUGUCCAUCAUCAUUAGUUUUGUUACCUGUUAAUCACCAAGACUGCUGGAUGUAUAUCCUACAGCCCUGUCCUGCACUAAGAUGAUGUGGUUUUUUACUGUGAAAUUAUGUGAAAGAACUCGUCUGUUCUACCAGUUAAACUAGGAAAUGGAUGGUGAGAAUACAUUAGAAGACUUCUCUGGUGAUUCAGGCUGUUAUACUGCUAGGUUACAAAGCUGUGUGAAAGCAGAACGUGGGUUUGAAUCCACCUCCUCAACUAGACUAGUCGUUCUGGAUGGUAUCUGCCACCAAACUAGUACAUAACUUGUGCUUGAAGGGCUGUGGGUCUAGGACCACUGCUGAGCAAAGAUGAAUUUGUGCUAAUUUUUUAUUCAAACCUAGUUUUGACCAUGAUGUGUUCUCCCAGGUUCCACAGGCAGCAGACAGCUUCCUCUAGAGAAAGCUGGGCUGUCUCUUCUGAAAUACUCCAUCAUCCAGCCUGCAGCACCUAAUUUUCUUGCCCUUACUUAGAUUCUUGAAGGAAACCAAGCGACCUCUCUUCUUGAGUGGCUGCCUAAACUAAAAUGUGUUACAAGUGUGGAAGAGGGGGAAGAAAACUGCCAAGUCUUCUCUGAGAAACUGCACUGUGGCUGAGAGCAUCCUUUACUCAUGUUUUCAGCUGCUUAUAACCUGUAGGCAGAGCUCUCCUUCCCUGUAUUACGUGUACAAGAAACCUAAGGCUUGUUUUUGUGUGUGUGUGUGUAUCUUCUUCUUCUUCUUUUUUUUUUUUCUUUUUAAUGAAGUAGUGGGAAAUCUGUUUCGCACCUCUCCUUUUUAAACCUCUGCCAGUUCCUGCUCAAAAGGAAAGGAGUCUCAAAGGAAUCCUCUGUCUCUCUGUAUUGGCUAUGAGGAGUGGAGUCAGUGUCUGUUCUGCAGCUAGCCGAGGCGUCUCCAGGUGCUGGACUCAUUGAUGGUAGGAGAGACCUUCCCUGUUUUGGGGAGGAAGAGACCAAGACGUGGUAGAGGCAGAUCUGAGGAAGUUCCCCCUGUGGGAGCAGAGGAGAAUUUGGAGGAGAAGCUCUUUACCUGCAGGUAAGUGGCUGAAAUGUGACUGAGCAAAGGGACACAAGUCCCGUGGUUGUCACUUGAGAACAAGAGCUGCACGGGUGUAGGCCCAGGUGAAAAGCCAUGGGAGGGUCAAGCUUGGAAGCUGCUGAACCAGGAUGGCACGGUUCCGCUCAUUUUCUCUCAUUCUUGACUCUCCCCAGGGCUCCUGGUUUUAGAAGCAGUGAAGAUGGCUGCUGGCUGCUUUGGUGAGAGGCUGGGAGGUAUGUCUCCUACCUUGUGCUGCCCUGGGUGUAGCUGGAAUGCAGAUUUACAGCAUGGUUGUUGCUUGAGGUAGAUGAGAGCUCAGGUUUGAGGUCACGUUUUCUUUCUCAGGAGAAUGUGCUGUUCUUACCCAGUGCCAGCACAUGCUCUAUGUCGUCCUGGAUCACACUCUCACUUUAUCUCCACAGUAAGCAUGGGGAACACCCCAGAAGUCUCUUUGCCCUGGCCUUAACCGAGAUUGAGCAAGCACCCUUGUACUUGUGGUCCCCAAAGGUAUUUCAGCUUUGGGGCUUUGUAUAAAUCAAAAGCUGUUGCAUGUGGGAGCUCAUCAGGGAGGGUUCCUCUUGCUUCUAGGAUGCCUGGCAAUAAAUACUGGUGACUUUUCAUGCCAGACUAUGCCAUGCUACCCAAUAGAGCUCCCUCCUCUAUGGGAGAUAAUGCUUCAUCCCCCUUCUUUGCCCAGACAGCUUGUUGGGCUAAGGGCCCUACUUGGGGUCUAAAAUAUUUGGUUCACCCAGAAACUGUUUCACCAAAACUGAGGCACCAUCUUCAGGUGAAUGCGAGUGAUGGGACCACUCCAGGUGUUCGAGGAAGCCACACAAACUCCACUGGGAGAUGAUGGCUUUUGAUCAGCUUUGAGCAAAUACUGGAUCCACCCAUCAGCAGCACACUUUGGUGGUCUGAAUGUCUCAUUCAACAGCCUAAAUUGCACCCCUUGCCUGCCUCCAGCCAUGACUGGGUCAGUGCACUGAGCUUUCUGCGCUGCCCUAAACUGAUGGGCUCACUCAUUUGGGUUCACAGAAGUGGUGCCGAAAGCUGCUGGCCUGCUAUGUUUUUGUUGCUGCACUGUGAAGUGGCAUCCUCCCUACCACGGCUUGUUUGCACUGCCACGGGUGCUGCUUCCCUGGUGCUCCAGGAAGCUCUUGUGUAAAAGGGAAAUAAAGGGAAUAACCGCAAGGCUUGCUUUGAAGCAGCCUGGCAUUGCACAGGCAUGAUUCACUUCUUGGUGUUUGUGGAGCCGGAUUAGCUACCCUGGCUUGCUGCAAGGCACCUUGUACAGCGUGUGUGGAUGCAGGUGUUUGGUGCUGGGUGGGAGACCCAGACCCCCAGGAGGAAGAAAUGCUUUCCAAAUUCUGCUGAGCUCUUGAUUGUAUGAUUGCUUUAAUCUAGCCUGAAUCUGUGCUUGGGAAGGGCUCCAGCAUCUCUCAUUUACCAGUUCUCCUGCAGGUGAGCUGAGCUUGAUGAGGCCAAGCUGGUUAGCACAGCUGUGAGCACAGCUGGCUCCUGGCAUGAUGUGCCCCAGGUCUCCCUCCUGCAACCUCCCUGCUGUGAGGGGCCACUGCCAGUGCCCUGCAGAGCAGUUGGAGCUCCUACCCCAUCAUCCAUGGAUUUCAAUGCUCAUCUCUGUCCUGCAGAGACCUGGCACCUGGGCUGCAGCCUCUGUCCCCAGAAAGUGCUCUGCCAUCCCACCUGCACCAGCAUACCUCCUCUGGUCCCUUGCGUUGGCACGCUUCUAUGCAGGGUAGGUCGGACGCUUCACCCAGAAGACGAGGAUGAUACGCUGUGGCCCAGAGGCCGUCUUCGGGGAGCUUUUUCGCUGGCCUCACUACGGGAAGCUUGUCAUGGGAGAAAUGCUGUCCAUUAAGGUUUACAACUGCAGCAAGGUUUUCAGUAACAGGCUUCUCGGUACCCUCGUCCUCAGCCUUCAGCACCUGAUGACAUCUGGGAGGCUCAUCCUUCGGGAGGCCCUCAUUGACAGGAACCAGAGAGUCACUGGUAUCUACAUUGAGUUGGAUUUGCGUUACCAGCCUCCAGAUGGCUCAGCUGGGACCUGGGUUGAAGAGGACUUUGUCUAUCAGAUGAAAGACAGUUCGGAAUUAAUCAUCUGCAAUCCUGGAUUUGAGGAGGUGGAGGCAGCUGAGGCGCCGAGAGUGAGUGAACUGGACAGGAGGGCCGCUGCGCUGGGCAGGAAGCUGGUAAAAGGCCUAGAGACUGAUGACGAAGAGGAGGAAGAAGAUUUCUACGAUGUGUCUGAGAUGGAGGUCUCGGGCAUUGUCUUUAGGCCUGUGAAGAGCCGCUCCAGACUUUGCUCCACAUGGGACCUCUUUGCCACCCCAACCCCACAGAGCUUCCAGGUUGGAAUUAAUAUCAUUGAAGCACAGAAGCUGGUGGGGGUGAACAUUAACCCCUUUGUGGUAGUCAAGGUUGGAGAGGAGAAGAGGCACACGGCGACACAGAAGUCAACAAACUGCCCCUUCUACAAUGAAUAUUUUUUGUUUGAAUUCCACGAGCCAAGGGACAUUUUAUUCCACAGGCUCAUAGAGAUCUCGGUUUUUCACUCAAAGAAGGUACCAUUCCUGGGAACGUGCAUAGGAACGUUCAAGAUGGACGUUGUGACGGUGUACAGUCAGCCAGAUCACAGGUUUUUCCAGAAGUGGGCUGUUAUCAGUGACCCCACGGAUACCCGGGCAGGUGUGAAAGGCUUUGUGAAGUGCAACAUCUCCGUCACUGCACGCGGGGAUGUUGUGGGCUCCCUUCCCACGUCCUCCAGCAGCCAGGCUGAGGACAUUGAAAGAAACCUGCUGCUGCCUAAGAGAGUCCCUGCAGAGAGACCCUGGGCCAGGGUCUGCGUUAAGCUGUAUCAUGCCGAGGGCCUGCCCAGCAUGAGCGCGGGCAUCAUGGGUGGUUUCUCCAAGAUCAUAGGGGAGAAAAAAGUCUUUAUCGACCCAUACGUGCAGGUCUCGUUCUGUGGGCAGCAGGGGGAAACAUCGGUGGAGACCAACACCACUGAGCCCGAGUGGAACGAGCAGAUCAGCUUCAUUGAGAUGUUCCCACCUCUGGCCAGGAAGAUAAAAGUCCAGGUGCUGGAUGAUGCCAAUGUUGGUGACGUGGCCAUCGCUACACACUACAUUGAUCUGCAGCAGAUCUCGGACCCUGGCAGGAAUGGCUUUAACCCCAUGUUUGGCCCAGCCUGGGUGAACCUGUAUGGGUCCCCCCAGAACUCUGCUCUGCGGGACAUCCACAAGGAGCUCAACGAGGGCAUGGGUGAGGGGAUCUUCUACCGUGGGCGCAUCCUCAUGGCCAUUACGGUGGAGAUCUUCAGCAGCCCCAGUGUGGCAGAGAGGAAGCUUGGGGACAAGACAAAAGGUGCCCUAAGCAAGCUGAAGCUGAAGAAGAAAAGUAAGAAAUCCAAGGAGAAAGCUAAAGAACUGAGCCAGCUGCAGGGAGAGGAGGAGGCUGAAGGCUCUCAGGAGGCUGAGCAGCCUGGGGAAGUCACUGUGGAGGUGGAAGAGCUUCACCCACUCCCCAAGAACGCGUUGGGGAGGAAGGAGGAAUUCUUCCUCUUCGCUGCCUUCUUUGAAGCUACUAUGAUGGAAUCCUCUCUCAGCUCCAAGCCUGUCAGCUUUGAAGUCUCUAUAGGAAACUAUGGCAAAGCUGAAGAGGUAGUGACCAAAGUAGGGAGAAAAGUGGAAAAGGGAGAAGUCAAAGAAGAAAAGCAGCCUUUGCUGGACCCUGGUUCAAAUGGUGAGCUGGAUGUUGAAGUCCUGGCCCCAGCUUCAGCAGCACUGAACAAGUCGGUAACGAAGAGCCAGAGACCAGAGCCCAUGGAGUAUGACAGGUCAUACAGCUGCCUGCCCAUGACGCAUGAGAAACCCUGCGUGUACGUGUGGAGCUACUGGGAGAAUCACACCUGGAGACUCUGCAUUUCCAACUGGAUUGUCAAGCUGGCAGAGCGCCUGGAGCAGGGGCUGGAUGACGUGGAGAAGCUUGUGAGAAGGUCAAAGGCUAAAGCAGAAGAGCGGCUCAGAGAGGUGCUGGAGGAAUUUGUAGCUGGAUGCAGGCAAUACUCACUCAGCGCAGAGAGAAAAACAAUGGCGCAUCCAAACAACCUUGACAGAUGUCGGAUGAAAUACCUGAUGCGCAACAUCAUCCUGUAUGCAAAGCAGGGGCUCCGUGUGAGGUGGCGGCUGACUCGAGCCAACAUCAAGGAGAAGGUUAAGGAGACAAGGAGGGUCCUGGCAAAGCUACGCUUCAUGGCUAAAGAGCCCCAGUGCACCCUCCCUGAUGUACUCAUCUGGAUGCUCAGCAACAACAGGCGUGUGGCAUAUGCAAGAGUUCCUGCACAGGACAUCCUCUACUCGGUAGUCGAAGAGGAGAAAGGCAAAGACUGUGCAAAGAUCCAGACUGUCUUUAUGAAGGUCCCUGGCUUACACACUGGUGAGAUCUUUGCCAAACUGGAAAUCUACAUGUGGCUUGGGGUAACCAAAUACGCAAAGAACUGUUUGGCGGAGCUGUCUGAGGAGUUCAAAUACCUCUCUGAGAGCGGACAAGAGAUAGCCCAGCUCUCGGCGUAUAGUCCUCCCAGCAGGCUCAGCAGGGAUGAUUUCAGCUAUUUCCAGCUCCGAGCCCAUCUGUAUCAGGCUCGAGGGAUCCUCCCUGCAGAUGACAAUGGCCUUUCAGAUCCAUUUGCAAGAGUGGUUUUUUCAACUCAUUGCCAGACCACCAGGAUGCUGGAGGAGACACUGAGCCCCAUGUGGAAUGAGCUACUUCUGUUUGACCAGCUCAUUAUUGAUGGGAAAAGAGAAGAGUUAAAAACAGAUACCCCCAUCAUUAUAAUCAACCUUUUCAGCCACAAUAAAUUUGGUUCCCCUGAGUUCCUUGGCCAGGCCUUUGCCGUCCCGCAGGUGAAGCUGGUUGAUGAGCCAUACACCAAACCUGCCCUGCAGUUCUUUGAUUUCUACAAAGGCACCAAAGCAGUGGGAGAACUCAUUGCCACUUUUGAGCUAAUUGAGCUGGAUUAUAGUGGCUAUUUGGAGCCGUCAGUGCCGGAGGAUGUGGAGCCCAAGGAGCCCAACUACCUGGGAGACCCCCGUGCCGGACGGUUCAUCAUCCCUGAGGGCAUCCGCCCAGUGCUGAAGGAGUUUCGCAUAGAGAUCCUGUUCUGGGGCCUGCGGGACCUGAAGCGGGUGAACUUGUUCGAGGUGGAUCAGCCCCAGGUGAUCAUUGAAUGUGCUGGCAAGAAGGUGGAGUCAGAGGUGAUCGUGGCCUACAAAGAGAACCCCAACUUCACCGAGGUGGUCAAAUACAUGGACGUGGAGCUCCCUGAGCAGGUCUACCUGCACCCUCCCCUUAGCAUCUUUGUCAUGGAAAAGCGGGCGUUUGGGCGCACUGUGCUGGUGGGUACCCAUGUUGUGUCCGACGUGAUGAAAUUCUCUCCCAGAGAGCUGGAGGAGGAACCAGAAGAUGUGCCCAAAGCUCGGAAAGUCUCAUCCCAGCAUCUUCCCUCUCAGACUGUGGUAAACAUUGGCCCAGCAACUGGUGACCCAGGUCCCAGUAUUCACCCCCUGAGCCUUGUGAAGGCUCCUUUGAAGAAAAUUACUAUCAAUAAGCUUGUAAAGAAGGAUGAUGAAUAUGAAGAGGAAAAACCAGAGCUGGAAGAACUGGAUUGGUGGUCCAAGUACUACGAGUCCCUGAAGGAGCUGUAUAACCAGACACGCAGUGAUGAGGAAGAUGCUGAGAAUGAUGACCUGAAUGAUGCAGAUGGAGGGAAUUUACAUGCAUCCUCCAUUGACAUGGAAGCAGAAGAUGAGGCAGUAAUUGAAGCUGAACCUGCUCGACCCAACAGGAAGCUCAUCACCACACUUCAGAUCUACAACUCUGAGCUGGAAAAUGAAUUUGAUAAUUUUGAAGACUGGCUGUGCAUUUUCCCCCUUCAUCGUGGCAAAGCAAAUGAGGAUGAAGAUGGAAACGAGGAUGAACAUUUUGUGGGGAAGUACAAGGGCUCCUUCUAUGUCUACCCCACUGAGGAAGCCGGCACAGAGCCCAAGGUCUCCCAGGGCAUUCCAAGGAACAGACCCAUCAAGGUUCUUGUAAGAGUUUACAUCAUUAAGGCUACGAACCUGUCUCCAGCAGACCCCAAUGGCAAGGCAGACCCCUACGUGGUGGUGACUGUGGGGCAGGAGCAGAAGGACACAAAGGAGCGAUACAUCCCAAAGCAGCUCAAUCCUGUGUUUGGAGAAGUUGUGGAGCUGACAGUCUCCUUUCCCAUGGAAUCAGAACUCACUGUGGCAAUAUUCGACCAUGAUUUGCUUGGAUCUGAUGAUCUGAUUGGGGAGACCAAGAUUGACUUGGAGAAUCGAUUCUACAGCAAGCACAGGGCCAACUGUGGAGUGGCUUCUCAGUACGACAUAAGUGGCUACAACAUGUGGCGAGACGCUUUCAAGCCCACACAGAUCUUGGAUAGUUUAUGCAAGAAAAACUUGCUCCCUGCAGCAGAGUACAGAUGGGAGGAGGUCAAAGUGAACAAUAAAAUAUUCAAGGUCCCUCCAGAGGCUUUUCCUGAAGAGGCCCCUGUGAGGAACAAGAGAGGAGUGGCAGAUGAGAACUGGUCAGUGGAUGAUGAACAUAAGGCUUUGUACGUCCUGCAGCACUGGGAAGAGAUGCCAGGAUACGGGUACAAGCUGGUACCAGAGCAUGUGGAGAUCCGGUCCCUGUACAACACGGAGAACCCUGGGCUUGUGCAGGGCUCCUUGCACAUGUGGAUUGACAUGUUUCCAAAUGACGUCCCCAUACCGCCGCCUGUCAAUAUCAAGCCACGACUGCCUGUCAGCUACGAGCUGCGUGUGAUUAUCUGGAACACAGAUGACGUGAUCCUUGAUGAUGUCAACCCAGUAACGGGAGAGCCUUCCAGUGACAUCUACGUGAAAAGCUGGAUAAAGGGUCUUGACCACGACAAGCAGGAGACGGAUGUUCACUUUAACUCCUUGACUGGGGAGGGCAAUUUCAACUGGAGGUUCAUCUUCCGCUUCAACUAUCUCCCGACUGAGAAGGAGAUCACCUACAAGAAGAAGGACUCUGUCUUCUCUGUGGAGGAAUCAGAGUUUCGGGAACCGGCUGUUCUGGUCCUCCAGGUCUGGGAUUACGACAGGAUUUCAGCUAAUGACUUUCUAGGCUCCAUCGAGCUGAAGCUGCAUGACAUGGUGCGGGCAGCCAAGAGCUCAGAGCAUUGCACCAUCAAGAUGGCCAAGGAGAAUGCAACACCUCGCUUCUCCAUCUUCCGAAACAAGCGCAUGAGGGGCUGGUGGCCCUUCAUCAAACUCAAAGAUCAAGAAGACGAGGAGAGAGAGAAGAGGGAGGACAAGCAGAAGAAGAAGAAAAAGAAGUGGAGCAGCUCAGUCAAACCAGAGGACAUGGAGUUCACAGACCCCAGUGGGAACAAGUACCUCCUGACAGGUAAGGUGGAAGCGGAGCUCCAGCUGCUGACUGUGGAGGAGGCUGAGAAAAGUCCUGUUGGUUUGGGCCGAAAAGAGCCUGAACCCCUGGAAAAGCCUAACCGGCCAAAAACUUCUUUCAACUGGUUUGUGAAUCCCAUGAAGACCUUUGUGUUCUUUAUCUGGAAGCGGUACAAGAAAUACAUCAUUUUGCUGUUCAUUGUCACUGUUCUGACCAUCUUCCUGGUUCUUUUGAUCUACACCAUGCCUGGAUACAUCAGCGAGAAGAUCAUUAAUGGAUAAAUACUCUCCAGCACAGGACUACUCAAAGGCAGGGGUGAUUAUUGCAGGAAUUGAGACUGGACCAGAAAGUUUAAGGAAAUCUUACAAGUGCAGAGGCAACCUUCAGAGUGAGAGACCUGCAGAAGUGGCCUCUCUUUGGGGAGUCAUGCUUCAUGCUAAGUACCCAUGAGAGGCUAAGAAACCAAGUAACCAACCUACUAAAUAAGGCAAACUUGAAGGACAGUUACAGCUUUGGGAAGAAAAUUGUUUGUGGGACUGGUGUGGGAGGGUGGGAAAACAGGGUCUGCUGGGGCUGUCCCCACAGACACGUCAGCUGAACCCAGCUCUUGCUAUUGAGAGUGAUUCUGGCAGAGAUGGGGACAUACAGAGCUGUCCAUGCCCCAGCUUGACAACACUUGGCACUUCCCAGGCCUUUGCCUGAAGAGUUGAAAACAUCUUGUAUGGGGGGAAGGCAGGUCUGGUGUAGAGUCCUGGUGGAGGUAGGACCUGGAAGACCUUUGAAUGGGGGUCCCCACAGAGAAAGACAACAGAGCCAAGGUAGCCAUGAGCUUCCUGCCAUGCCAAGAACACAGGAACAGCUCUUGGAGUUAAAGUAAGCUCUGGAUGUGGUAGCACUCCCUGGGACACGGACUUUCUGGUCGUCACUCCUUACAAGCUGCUUAACAGCUUUUCCUGCAUGUGCUGGGUUGGGUUCAGGCUUGCUUCAAACUUCAUUUUGGCUCUUCCAUUUCCACAGGAAUAAAAGCUCCUUGGCUGCUCUUUCUGAUGCUGCUUGUGUUUUGUAGCUGCCUUCUGAAGCUGGGGGUCAGCCUGCUGCAGGCAGUCCUCGCUGAUGCCCCUUUGCCUUUCCUCCCAGAUAGCACAGCACUGAGACAUCAGCAUGAGGUUGUCAGCAUGAAUCUGUACUGUGGUGUUGGGCUGAUGUCGAUUAAAUGAGACUUGUUCUCAGCAUGGUCUCUGGUGCCCCAGGGUUCCUGUCUUCUGCACAGAUGAGCCCUGACAUGAUCUGAUCUCAAGUGGAGGUGCUUUACCCUGAGUUUUGACAGGACAGAUUCCUUCUGAGGUGUCUCAUCCUGGUGCAGGAGAUGAUGCUCAGAGGGACUGUUGCAUUUCCAAAGAAAUUAACUGACAAUGGGGUUUUAUAGUGAAGAUGGCUGCCUGAUUGUCUUUUGAAUGGGGCAGGAAUAGAAUAAGUUUUGGGGAGAAAACUAGCUGGGCAGAGCCAGGCAGGCAGGGAAGGAGCAGGUGAGGACUCUGGCUGGACCUGAAGCCAGGUGCGAGUCUGGGACAGACAUGGUGCUCCCUCAGGGGGGCUGGAGUUCAGCUGCUGGGUGGGGGCCCCAGAAUGGCAAAGGGGGAGACCUCUCUCCCCCCCCCAGGGGACCCUUGGGCUGCAGGGGGAGUGAAAUAGGCUGCAAAGGGUUCAGGUCAUGUACUGUAAAUGAAUCUGCAUGGGGCUAGAGCAGGGCCUUGGGGUGCAACAGUGCUGUUUCCAGUGCUGCAUCACCCCCAGCCUUUCUGCAGGGCCUGUCAAAUGGGAUGUUGCCUAAAC